GAUUCACACAAACUCAAAGCACAUAAUCCCAUAUUUUCUCUCCUCCUUGUGCUAAUGCCCUUCACUCUCCUCUCCUAAAACUAGAGCUUAGAGAGGGAGAGAAAAGAAAUAAAGAUCUCUUUGAGAUCUAGAGAGAGAAGGGCAUCACAAGUAAUUUUAAUUACUUAAUUGGAGCAUUUUGUUCAUCAUCAAUAUAAUGAAGAUGGGUGAGGACCAAGCUUUUGGAAUUUCCACCGAUGUGGUUCCACAAGGCGGCUCCAAGUGCUUUGACGACGAUGGCCGGCUCAAGCGAACCGGGACUCUAUGGACGGCGAGUGCUCACAUAAUUACAGCCGUUAUCGGGUCCGGCGUUCUUUCAUUGGCUUGGGCGACGGCUCAGCUCGGCUGGGUCGCCGGUCCGGCGGUUAUGUUUUUGUUCUCUUUGGUUACUUAUUACACUUCUAUUCUUCUCUCUGCCUGUUACCGCUCCGGCGACCCUGUUUCCGGCAAGAGAAAUUAUACUUAUAUGGAUGCUGUUCAGGCCAAUCUCGGUGGUUUGAAUGUGAAGUUAUGUGGACUUGUUCAAUAUGCAAAUCUUGUUGGAGUGGCAAUUGGCUAUACAAUAGCUUCAGCCAUAAGCAUGAUGGCAAUUAAAAGGUCAAAUUGCUUCCAUGCAAGUGGUGGAAAAGAUCCUUGCCAAAUUAAUAGCAAUCCUUAUAUGAUAGCUUUUGGUGUUAUAGAGAUAAUCUUCUCUCAAAUUAAAGACUUUGAUCAGCUUUGGUGGCUCUCCAUUGUUGCUUCUAUCAUGUCUUUUACUUACUCAACAAUUGGACUUGGCCUUGGAAUUUCUCAAAUUGCUGCAAAUGGGAAAAUUGGAGGUAGUUUGACUGGAAUUAGCAUUGGAACUGUCACUCAAACACAAAAAGUAUGGAGGAGUUUCCAAGCUCUUGGAGACAUUGCUUUUGCCUACUCUUACUCGAUUAUCCUCAUAGAAAUUCAGGACACUGUUAAAUCUCCACCUUCAGAGGCUAAGACAAUGAAGAAGGCAACUUUAGUGAGUGUGUCAGUGACGACGCUUUUUUACAUGUUGUGUGGCGCUGCUGGCUACGCUGCGUUCGGGGACUUGGCGCCAGGAAACCUACUCACCGGGUUCGGGUUCUAUAAUCCUUUUUGGCUCCUUGACAUUGCCAAUGCUGCCAUUGUUAUCCAUCUGGUUGGUGCCUACCAAGUGUAUUGCCAACCCCUCUUUGCCUUUUUGGAAAAGUAUGCUGCUGAGAAGUUUCCUGAUAGUGACUUCAUCACCAAAGACAUUGAUGUUCCGAUCCCCGGCUUUCGCCCCUAUAAACUCAACCUAUUCCGAUUGGUUUGGAGGACAGCUUUCGUGAUCGUCACAACCGUGAUAUCGAUGCUUCUCCCGUUCUUCAACGACGUCGUUGGACUCCUUGGAGCUCUAGGAUUUUGGCCUCUCACCGUGUACUUCCCGGUCGAGAUGUACAUUGCGCAAAAGAAGAUACCAAAAUGGAGUUCAAGAUGGUUGUGCUUGCAAACCUUAAGUUUCGCCUGUCUCAUAAUCUCGAUAGCAGCUGCAGCCGGUUCAGUCGCCGGGGUCGUUCUAGAUUUAAAGACCUACAAGCCCUUUAAGACAAGUUUUUGAUUCUCAUAGAUUUGGCCUUUGUGGGAACUCACAGUUGAUGGAAGGUGUGCUGCAAUGGAAGAGGGUGGCCAAAAUGACAUUUUUAAUUCAAGUUCAUAAAGAAAAAGGCUUCCAACAGUGAAGCUUUCUCUUCUCUGUUAGUUAUAUUUUUACUGUUUUCCCAAGAAAAUAGAUGAAAUCAUGCAUGUACAUGUUUAAAUUGUCACAUUUCCAACUUUGUACUCUCCAUUUCACAAUGAAAAAAAUAUAUAAUAUAUAUAAAAGAUUUCAUUUGGUC